GCAACUCAAUCGCAAUCUUUCUUAAUAUUAAAACAAUAUUUGCAAUAUUUUUAACUCAUUCAAAGGGAGUAUGGCUCGUUCCAUUUACUUCAUGGCAUUUCUUGUCUUGGCAAUGACACUCUUUGCUGCCUAUGGGGUGCAAGGUGACAUUUGCACAACACCACCCAGACGUUACAUUGGAGUAUGUUGGUCAGACACUUCAUGUAGAAAAGUUUGUGUCGAGAUGGAGAACUUUGAAGAUGGUUAUUGUAGCAAAAUCCAAAGGAAGUGCCUAUGCACUUGGACAUGUGUACUCGACAACAUUCCUAAUGAUGCUGGAACUAUUAUGCUUCAGGAUGCUAAAACUAUGCAAUUGCUUGAAGAAAAGUUUCUCAACGAGUAAUUAAGUUUGGUUAUGAAUUUUGUCUCACACAAAAUUCAAUAAAGUGUUGGCUCACACAAAACUCAAUAAACUGUUGGCUUUCUUAAAAGGAUAACUUAUAAUGUUGUGUUCUUGGCCAGUAGUAGCCAUUUGACACAUUAAAUAAGUUGUGACACAUCAAUCUUUUAUGUAUCUUGUAUCAAUUUUAUGUGUGUUUUAAUAAAAAAACCGUAUGCAAUC